GAGUGCCAGAUCCCAAGGUCAUGGAGUUUGUUGACCAGGGAUGACAGUGUUGAAUGCUGAGCUGAAGUCUAUGAAUAAUAUUCUCACAUAGGUUUUGGUUUUAUCUAGGUGGGUCAGGAUACGACAAAGAUAAUAUUGAUCAAUACCAGCUCUGUCAGUGAAAUGAUCAUAUGACUGUACUCACUGAUGGUUUCACAUGUUUAAUGAGGGGUAAAUACCUGGAGAGUAAGAACAGUGAAAGGUGAUCAGACUGUCCCUGGUGGGGGAAGGGAAUGGCUUUGUAUUUAGUCUAUUUUGUUCUCCAGUGACCAUUCGUUACAGAGGAAAAGGCAAGGUAGUGAAGGCCAAUGGGGGGGCUAGCAUCAGCCUAGCCUGGUGGUCUCCAUGCCUCCCACACCUAUGUUUACAAUCUUGCCACUGCCUCCGGGCACUUCCAGCCGGCGAUGUGAAUAGCGUCUCCCGGGGCGUCUUUGCGAUCUCCGGUGGAAGUUAUCAAAAACUCUCUGCAUUGUGCUCCAAUGACCAGGAGUUCUUGUCAGUUGUAUAGAGUAUGCUAGACUGUACUGAGUGAAUAAACUGAGAACGUAAAUUACUGCUAAUUUGCCAAAACUAGGUACAGCGCUGGGCUUCACGAUGUACAUGUGCCGCCAUCUUGGUCAUGAGCCAAAUUUGCAGUGUCAGCAUCACCAGGUGAGAUGCCCACCUCUGGGGAUGGAUUAGGCCCAUCUGCCUAAUUAUGACAUAGUAUUACAUUUUUUCAAAACGGUUUAUGAUAGAGAGAUUCAGGUUUUCUUGCUGUUUUUCUGAGAUUCCGCUGAAAAUGGCCAUGUGCAUUGUGUUUACGUAGCACAUUUCUUGGUUGUUUUCAUACAUCCAAUGCAACCUAACCCUAAGGCACACCUGACCAAUGAAAGGGUUGCUGAUUUUCGAAAUUCUAUGCUCCAUCGACCAAUGGAAGAAUGUUGCUAAGCAGUAUAUUUUCUUGUACCCAAUCAGGGGAAGGUCGACUGUUACGUAUUCUAGCAAAUCAAUUGGACUAUGUAGGCAUAUCCAUUUAGGUUUGCACGGGCUGGAUAGCUGUGUCCUGAACACAGAGGAGGAAUGCUAACAACAUGCUAAUGGAGCAUGAUAAUUGAGCACACAAAUAGAGAAAGGAUAGGCUACGUUUGUUCAACAGUUUAAUAAGUAUUAUUAUUAGUAGUAUAAAAUGGAAAAACUGGUAAAACUAUUUUACCUAAUGUAGCCAUAGUGCUUUUCUGUUUGCACGAGCUGUGUAGCUGAGUGACCAGAACACAAAGGAGGAAUGCUAACAACAUACCAACGGCGCGCACAGACAGAGAACGGAUAUGUGUUUUCAAAGGGUUUAUAAGUAUUAUUAGUAGUAGUAUUAAAUGGCAAAACGUAAAACACUUCUACCCAAUGUAGCCAAAGUCCUUUUCGGUUUGCACGAGUUGGAUAGCUGAGUGACCAGUACACAAAGGAGGAAUGCUUACAACAUGCUAACGGAGCACGAUAACGUCCAUUAUAGGACUGGUACAGUAGGUAACAUCAAAUAACCUGUUUAUCAUGAAAUACAAAUUAAAGUUAUUGUCUGCUUUGCAUAUUUGGAAUGGGAGAACUGUUCCACAUGGUUGUGAGGUCUGAAUUCAAUGAUAAAUAAUGGGUGACAAAAACCUAUUGGACUGCUUGCACAAAAUAUUAAUUAUUUUGUUGUUCUAUUCACAUUUGUGAUACAAUGCAUAUUUUUGUAAGAAAAAGGGUUUGCCAAGAUUAUUUGUAAUUGAAGAAUUGUUCCACAAAAAUUAGAUUUUGCUUUUAAAAUGAUUUACUUUAUUUGAUACCAAAAACAUGAUCCAUAUACAUUACAUACUGUUUAUAAAUCACAAUGUAAAAGUAAUGAAAACCGAAAAACAAUAACUACAUCCACUGGACUGGAUAAACAUUACUGUUAGAGUAGCAAACAAAACAUCUGUGAAUUUCAAGUUAAGUUGCUUUUGUGACUAAUAGGUAUUAGACAUUUUAUUUUUGUUAACUAGCUAGCCAACCUUGAAUGGCAGGAGCUCUGCCGUCCAUGAAAAGAUGGUGGGAACAAACCCUUGUUUCAGAUGGUUUUUAGUCAUUGGCCACAAAGUGAUCGCUGCUCACCAUCAGCUGGGCAACCACAUGAACAUGUGCAGUUUGUCUUUAUCGAACAAGGGCAUUAUUGCAUCUGACUUCCUUUCUUAAAGACCAAUAGUAAGACACUCCUUUGUCCCGCAUCUCAUUUAUCAAUCUUAGAACCACAAAGAAAAUUAUGAACUGGAUGACAGACAAAGACGUUUGCUCUAGAACAAAGUAGGGUUACAGAAAUACAACAGACCUAAAAACUGUCUGGGGUGAUGACAUAUGGUCAGGGAAGUGUCAAAGGGGCCAAAAUAUUUUUUCUGUAAACUUCCCCUUCAAAACAUUUCACAUGUACAUCCGUGCACCACCUCCUACUCUGUUGCUGACAUGUCUACCCCUGUUUCCAACUGUUAAAUAUAUGUGGCCAUACUUAUUACAUAGCAUUCUGUGCUGUGUCUCUGGGUUUAAAAUUGGAAGAUCUGGGCAUUUGCAGUAAUAAGUUAUGUUUCCUUAUGUUAAACUCCACUUUCUCUUUUGGUCAGUCAUGAGGGUUUCAGUGACUGACCUUUUGUUUGAGCUCAAUGCCAUCUCUAUGGAUGGCUCCGGAGGCUUUCUUGGGUAAGAAUCUGGUGGAUUUCCUUGGCUGGCCCCCCUGUUUCGUCCCCUGCUGGUUGCUAACACUGGUGGAACAGUUGUGGAUUAGUUUGGCUAGAUUUUCCCUGAAAACUAAUGGUUGCAUUUUAGCAGUGUUGGAUCGGCUAUCUCCUGAUGGAACUAAAGGUCCUUGUUCUUCCAGGUUGUUAACAGUCAGAGUUGGUGGGAAUCAAAUAGCCACCAUUAUUUAAGUUAAAGUUGAGUUUGGACAUCGUUUCUAAUGUUUGCACUUUCUGCAGGCUGUCCCUAACUUUGACCAAUUUCCUGGUGGAACUGGAGGUUCCUUUUCUUCUAGGUUCCAAGCAGUCAGAAUUGGUGGGAAUCAAAUAACUUCAAUUUUCACAGUUGAGAAUGUCAGAAGAAUGAGCAGAAGACUGGUGAAUCUGGCCCCUUUGCUGUCUCAGGCUGCAGCCUGCCUUUGAACAGAACCCUGGUUUCGGCCAUCGUGUCAGAGACUCCCUCGGUUCUGUCCUGUUCCUUUGACAUGUGGUCGAGGGACAUGGAGGAUUACCCACAGUCAUUGGAGUGUGUGUGACUCAGUGUGUGUGACCACUAUAUAAAACACACAAUGACUCACCACUUUAAGGCAGUCACCCAACUCAUGUACUGGCUGCGCUGUCACCAACCGUAGUUGGUGAUAUUUUGUGUUACUGAUCGUACACUGUUUCAAGACACAUAUGAUCAUAAAUGUACAUAUAUACACCAAGUAUACGAAACCCAUACCUGCACAACAGUGGGGCUGCAAAUACCUUGUCUGUACUCAAAUGCUAACUCACCCUACUAGCAUCCUCAAGGCAAGGGACAAAGAGUUUGCCCACUAAUUAGGCAGAGCUUUUAUCCACUAUGUAGAAUGUCACCAUUUCCAGUCCCUACAGAAAACACCAGCACCAAACUAAGGCUUAGCUAUCCCAUACAGUUUUACUGCCUUUGUCACCCCCUCUGCCGUGUUUGUGAGGGAAUGAGGUACCACGCAUUUUGGGCCCCAUGCUGUUCAAGUUGCAAUGAAGAGUGGAUCUGAAAUCAGUGAAUACAGGCGUACGCUAAGUACUUAUAGCCCAGGAGGUGAGGCUCCCAGCUCCUUUGCCUCUGCUAGGCCUCAUCAUGCAUGAUUCUUUUCCAUUCAUGGGACCUCAUUCACUCCCUUCAACUAAGGUUGUAUUUAAAACCCAAAAUAUUUCCCAGUUUAUAGCAUGAAGACUCACCACAUGUCACUCAUUUACUCUGGGUGCAAAGCUCUGGAUCUACACAUAUGACAGUGUGUCCCAGUUUCCAUCAACAUCCAUUGAAGAAGUGGACCAAUUUUCCACUGGCCACGAUCAAAUGCUCAAAUCUAUUAAUAUUUAAACCCAGAGACAAGUCAGCAUACAACAUUUUUAUUCUGUUUACAUAUUGUGUUUGUGUCUCAUAUUUUGUUUGUUAUCCUACAGUUUGCAAUUACCCAGUUUUCAACAGAUUUUAAAAUCCAUAUGAGCUUUAAUGAUUUCAAAAGCAACAUCCAAUCUUGGGAGAAUAAACUACAAGGCAUCUUUCAACAAAAUGGAAUGACAUUUACUGCUAAAGCCAUCAACAGAAUUGUUGAUUCAGUAUUCAUACCUGGACAAGGAUGCAGGCAAAAGGCUAAAAAGGUCUUGAUUGUAAUAACAGAUGGAGAGUCAACUGACCCACACUUGCUGCCAAAAGCAGUUCAGGCCGCUGAAAGGGCUAACAUUAUUCGAUUUGCAAUUGGGGUGGGCAGUGCCUUUUCUUCAUACGAUGGAAAGAAGGAGCUAGAAUCAAUUGCUUCUUCUCCGAAAAUUAACCACAUGUUUCAAGUUUACAAUUUCCAAGCACUUCAGCAAAUCAGCCGUUCAUUACAGAACAGCAUUUUCCCAAUUGAAGGAUCUCAGGCGACUGGAGAAUCUAUUGAGAUGGAAAUGGCCCAGGAGGGAUUUAGUGCAGCAUAUACACCUUGGGGAGGAUUCCAUGUGGCAUCUGUUGGAGCCUUCCAAUGGAGGGGGGCUUACCAGGAAUACACAAGUGCCACUAAAACCCCCAUUUUAAAACAGAGUCCAAACAUGGAACCAGAUAGCUAUAUGGGUUAUUCCAUGGCAGUUGCUCGUACAAGAAUUCGCCAGUUUACCAUUUUAGGUGCUCCAAGGUAUAAACACACAGGUAGAGUGGAGGUGUUCUCCCCUGGAGUCAACUACAAGCCAGUAGAUUUUUCAGGACAGAGUGGUGCUUAUUUUGGGUCCGAAAUUUGUGCCGUGGAUAUAGAUAAUGACUCCUAUAUGGACUUCGUCCUGAUAUCUGCUCCAACAUUUACUGACAGACAAAGAGAGGGCAGGGUCUAUGUUUGCACUAUCAGUGACUGGUCUGGAGUGGUCUGUGGAUUUACUGCUGAGAUGACACUGCAGGGGGAUGUAGGAAAGAUCGGCAGAUUUGGAACUUCUCUUGCCCAACUUCCUGAUUUGAAUGUAGAUGGUUUUAAUGAUCUAGCUGUUGGAGCACCUCUGGAGAACAAUGGCAAAGGAAGUGUUUACAUAUUCCAUGGGUCAAGAAUUGGAAUCAGUAACAUCUAUUCUCAGAGAAUUUCAGGCUUUGAUGUACAGUCUGGAUUAAAGUUUUUUGGACUAUCCAUCAGUCAGUCUUCUCUGGACAUGAGUUCAGAUUCUCUCCCAGAUUUGGCUGUGGGAUCUAAGGGAGCUGUCCUCUUACUCAGGUCAAAGCCUAUAGUAACAAUUAGUACACUAGUGUCCUUCCAUCCUCCCAAAAUAUCUACUGAUGCUUCAAGAAGCAAUAUUGCUCUGAAACACACUGCUACAGUCUGUUUCACCAUGACGAAAAAGACAGCAGACAAUACCAAAGGUAAAGCAAAGAUUAAUUAUACUUUGACCCUGGAUGUGACCCGCCAAGCUCCAAACUAUCGUGCUUAUUAUAACAGUCAAGAUAAAAUGAGGAAGAAAACCGAAACUGUCACAUUGUCACAGGGACAGCAGUGCUUUGAUCAUAUCUUCUAUAUUAUGGAAGACCCAGAAGAUGCCCUUAAUGAAUUGUCUAAUGAACUUGACUAUACAUUUGAAGGGUUGCCAUCAUCUGAAGGACUCAGUUUAAGCCUUUCCCCACAGACCCCGACUACAACAUAUCAUCCUUUAAGCUUUGAGAUCAGUUGUGGAACUGAUAACAACUGUGUGGACAACCUCAAAGUUGAUUUUAAUUUCACUGGAUCCUCAGAGAUGAAAGUGGGCAUUGAUGAUGUAUUAAAUGUGACAGUGUCAGUUGAGAGCCGGGAAGAAAACUCUUACAAUAGUCGAGUCAUUCUCACUUACCCUGCAGGACUGUCAUUCAGGAAGUUCAUCACAAUCCAAGGAAAAGUGGAGUGUAACUCCAUAGACAGUGAGCAUGGUGUAACAUGGGGAAAGAGUGACUGCACCAUUAAUAAGCCCAUCUUCAAAAGCAAUUCAAAGGUUUUCUUUGUAAUCUCCUAUGGAAUAGAUAGUAAAAGUGUCUUUGAACAAAUGGUGACUUUCACUGCAAAUGCCUCAAGUGGAAAUAAUGAACAUGCCCCAGGUAGUCAACUUCACAAAGUGAACAUGAUUGGUGUCAAAUACAGCAUUUAUGUUUUGAUCACAAGACACGAGGAUUCUACCAGGUACAUUAAUUUCACUGCUGGGAAAAUGUCUAUGCAGAAACACAUGAAUCAAUCAUUUGUGGUUGUGAAUUAUGUAAGAGACUUUAAUCUUACUGUGAAGAUCAUGGUGCCAAUGAAACUUGGAGACAAAUAUAUCUGGGCUGAUCCAGAUGUUUUAAAUAUUCCAGGUUGUCACAGAGAGAAUGAUGAGAAACCUAUUGCAACAGAUUUUGCGGACAAACUGAAAAAAAAAGCUGCUGUGGACUGCUCUGUUGCAAUGUGCAGGGUGUUUGUGUGCAGUGUUGUCAUGAGAAAAGACGCUCGCAAUUCUUACAGCAUUGCUGGUAACAUCAGCUCUGGAUGGAUAGAACAGAUUGGUCUUGAGUCUGCCCGCUUUAGCUUGGUCAGCAGUGCCACUCUGUAUUAUGACAGAAACCAAUACAUCUAUUUUUCUUCAGACUCCAAAAACAACCCACCUGUCCAGACGAUUGAAACUGAAGUGGAGGUGUACCCUGAGAUUGAUUUCACAAAGGAGAUCAUUGGUGGCGCAGUGGGAGGUCUGCUCCUGUUAGCUUUGAUCACUGCUGGGCUGUAUAAGGCUGGGUUUUUCAAGAGCCAGUUCAAACAGAUGAUGCAGGAUGCACCUGCCGAUGAACCAGGGGGUGAUGUACAAGAAACUGUACCAGCGGAAUAACAACAAUCAACAACGCUGGUUCUUUAAAAAUCAAAAGUAAAGAGUUCACGGAAACCACAAAUGGGUUUAGUCAUUUUGCUGCACAGAGUUGGAACAAAUCGCUGUUUUCUUCAUCCUUUUAUUAAUCUUUUAGACAUCUUAAAUGUGAUGUUUUUAUUUGUAUGCUUUGAAUUUUAUGCGCAAUAUUUCUUUUUUUUGCUGUAUUUUUUUCUUGUUUAAAGCUCUGUCUUUAUGAAAGAAACGUGAUAUACAAAAACAUGUUACUUGAUUUGCAAUUAGCUGUGUUAUUGUGAGAUCAGGAUUUGAAUCCAACUCACAUACUAGUUCAUUGCUGCAGUGAAGAAGAGCCUUAAUGAAUUAAAAUAAUAAUUGUUACUUGAAAAAACAACAAGGCAAAACUGGGAAUGAUAUGCUAUGCACAACUUCAAAGCCUUAUAAAGUUGGAUUUACAAAUCAGUGUGACCCAGUGAAAUAACAAUAUUGCUACCAAAAAUACUGAACUUGAUGAUAUAAAAGCCAAGUUCAGUGUGUAGAAUGAGUAUGCUUUAAUACAAACAGUAGCUUGCUAAUUGCUUGCUGGGAACAAUCUAGUCAUCAAUCAUGGAUUGUUUGAAGUUUGAAACCAUGAUUUCUUUCUGAGCAGUUAAAGAGUAAUAGGUGAAUUUGUACUUGUAAUUGUGAUUACUUAAUGUUAUCAUAAUUUGAUUAUUUCAGAUGUUUAUAUUUGGAAAUGUUUAUCGGUCAAAUAAAAUACAAAUGUACGGCAAA